GGAUGUGAUCUUAGAACAAACCCCUGAAACAGAUGAACCAAAAUGCAUAGAGAAUGAAGUAACAACUUGUUCAAAUACGCCCAAGAAUGAAGCGCCCCAAGAAACACCUAAAGAACCACCUAAAGAAGAUCCUAAAACGCCAUUACCACCACCCAAAGAACCAAAAAAUUAUGAAGCACCACAACCUAAGGAAGUACCUAAAGAAGACGAACCAUCACCGUCCUCACCACAAACGCCCAUGGAUGAACCAACAUCAACACCUAACGAAGAACCUAAGAAGGAUGAAUCAUCCAAAGGAGUGACGAAAAACAAGGCUCUUGAUAAUGAUGAGACAUCUAAAGGCAGUUCAGCGACAUCCAAUGAAUCUCAUGCAGAACACAAACUAGAUAAAUUAAAAAGUAGUGUUAUAAUUGGUUCAGUCAUAGGAAUAGUAUCCGGAGUUAUUAUUUUUGUUACGUGUUUUGCAAUUGCAUACGUGAAACAUAAAAAUCAGGAACAAAUGGUCCUUCUAACUCCAGAAAAUAAUGAUAAGAUUAUGGAUUUGAAUAGGUCAUUUGAUAAUGAAGAAGUUAUGGUCAAUAGAUUAUAA